UGCGGCUGGCGGAGGCGCGGGGGCGGCGCUCCCGCCGGCAGCCGGGACUUCCUGUGACGGCCCGUUUCGUGGUCGGAUGGGGCCGGCGGGGGGCGGCGGCGGCGGGGUCGGUCCCUGCCCGCGUCCCGCUCCCUGACGGGCUCGGUGGCCGCCGGUGACGCCGCCAGGCAGCGAUGCGGGCCCCGGGCCCUGCCGGCAGCCGGCCCCCGCCGUGAGCCAGCCGGUGGGGCUGCGCACGCCGGCCCCGCGGGGCGCAUGGAGGCUCCCGCCGCCCGCUGCGAGGUGUGAGUCCCCCGAGGACAGCGCGGCGCGGCCCCGCCAGGAGAGCGGCCCCGGGGCCCCUCAGCAGAGCCGGGAGGGGCUCGGCACUGACACCGGCAUCGCCCCCAGCGCCGGAGCCGCCGCCUCUGAGACAUGAAGAAGUUCUUCGACUCGCGCCGGGAGCAGGGCGGCUCCGGGCCCGGGUCGGGCACCAGCGGCGGCGGCGGCGGCAGCAGCGGCCCGGGCAGCGGCUACAUCGGCCGGGUCUUCAGCAUCGGCCGGCACCAGGUCACGGUGGACGAGGUGCUGGCGGAAGGUGGCUUUGCAAUAGUGUUUCUGGUGAGGACGAGCAAUGGGGUGAAGUGUGCCCUGAAGAGGAUGUACGUCAAUAACGAGUACGACCUGCAGGUCUGCAAGAGGGAGAUCCAGAUCAUGCGGGACCUGUCUGGCCACAAGAACAUCGUCGGGUACAUCGACUCCAGCAUCAACUCCGUGAGCAGCGGGGACGUGUGGGAGGUGCUGAUCCUCAUGGACUUCUGUCGGGGGGGACAGGUGGUGAACCUGAUGAACCAGCGCCUGCAGACCGGCUUCUCCGAGAGCGAGGUCCUGCAGAUCUUCUGUGACACCUGCGAGGCCGUGGCCAGGCUGCACCAGUGCAAGACCCCCAUCAUCCACAGGGACCUGAAGGUUGAAAACAUCCUGCUGCACGACCGUGGCCACUAUGUCCUGUGUGACUUCGGGAGUGCCACCAACAAAUUCCAGAACCCGCAGACGGAGGGGGUGAACGCGGUCGAGGAGGAGAUCAAAAAGUACACUACGUUAUCCUACAGAGCACCAGAGAUGGUCAACCUGUACAGUGGCAAACUCAUCACCACAAAAGCAGACAUAUGGGCCCUUGGCUGUUUGCUGUACAAGCUGUGCUACUUCACCCUGCCCUUUGGGGAGAGCCAGGUGGCCAUUUGUGACGGCACCUUCACCAUUCCAGACAACUCCCGGCACUCUCAGGACAUGCACUGCCUCAUCCGGUAUAUGCUUGAGCCAGACCCUGAUAAGAGACCUGACAUUUAUCAGGUCUCCUACUUUGCAUUCAAACUGGCAAAGAAGGAGUGCCCAGUGCAGAACGUCCAGAACUCUCCAAUCCCUGCUAAACUCCCAGACCCGGUUAAAGCAAGUGAAGCUGCUGCAAAGAAGAGUCAGCCCAAGGCCAGGCUCACAGAUCCCAUCCCCACGACAGAAACGUCCAUAGCCCCCCGGCAGAGACCUAAAGCAGGGCAGACCCAGCCCAACCCUGGGAUCCUGCCCAUCCAGCCAGCCCUGACUCCCAGGAAGAGACCCACGGCCCCGGCAGCCCUUCAGCCCCAAGCUGCAGGCCCGGCUGCCCUGGGCAGUGCCCAGCCUUCGCUCCCUGCCAGCACCCCCCAGCCCAAAGCAGCCCCCCAGCAGCCCCCGGCCCAGCCCCAGGCCAAGGCAGCGCCGGCCCCGGCCCCGCAGGCACAGCCCCAGGUCCCCUCAACACAGCCCCAGGCCACCCCUCAGCAUCAGCAGCAGCUUUUCCUGAAGCAGCAGCUCCUGCAGCAGCAGCAGCAGCAGCAGCAGCAACAAGCUGCCUACUACCAGCAGCAGCAGCAGAUGAUGCAGGCGCAGCAGUUCCCAGGGAUGCAGCAAGGAGCCCCUGCACAGCAGCAGCUCAUGCAGAACUACUACCAGCAGCAGCAGCAGCAGCAGCUGCUGGCCCAGCAGGCAGCCAUGCAGCAGAAGACAGUGGCAGCAGCUCAGCAGAAACAACAGAGCCCGGCCCAGCCCCAGGCCCAGCCCAGCACAGCCCAGCCCACACAGCCACAGGAGCAGGUGCAGGCGCAGCUGAGGCAGCAGCAGCAGGCUCAGGGCAGCCCGUCUCCCCCUGCCCAGGGGCAGAAGCUGGGCUCCCUGACCCCGCCGUCGUCGCCCAAGGCUCAGCGUGCGGGGCAUCGCCGCAUCCUCAGCGACGUCACCCACAGCGCCGUGUUCGGGGUCCCGGCCAGCAAAUCCACCCAGCUCCUGCAGGCAGCAGCCGCCGAGGCCAGCCUCAACAAGUCCAAAUCUGCUUCCACCACACCCUCGGGCUCCCCAAGGACCUCUCAGCAGAAUGUCUACAACCCGCCCGACGUGUCCACAUGGAACCCGUUUGAUGAUGAUAACUUCUCCAAGCUCACAGCUGAGGAGCUGCUGAACAAGGACUUUGCAAAGCUGGGUGAUGGGAAAGCUCCAGAAAAGGUGGGCAGUUCCACAGAGAACCUGAUUCCAGGUUUCCAGCCGGCUUCGUCUGCAGCCCAGGCAGACGCGUUCGGCGGCUCCUCCUUCGCCGCCGGGUCAGCUGAAAAAACGAAAGACAUUCUGAGUUUGGACUCUAGCCCUCCUCUUCUGACUGUGCCUGAUCCUUUCAUUCCUCUCCCAUUAUCCGACACGCCAGAAAAACUGAUUGAGGGACUCAAAUCUCCUGAGCCUGCACUCCUGCUCCCCGACCUGCUGCCCCUCGCUGACCCCUUCGGCAGCACGGCCGACGCUGGCAAUGGCAAACCCGACGUGGCCGUGGAGAGCCUGAUCCCGGGGCUGGAGGCGCCGCUGCCCCAGCGCCUCGUGUCCCAGAGCGAGUCGGUCGCCUCCACCAGAACAGACUCUCUCACUGGGGAAGACUCUUUGCUUGACUGUUCUCUGCUCUCUAACCCUGCUGCUGAUCUCCUGGAUGAGUUUGCUCCUGUAGCUUUUGCAGCUCAGCCUCACAAAGAAGAUACUAACCUGAUAUCAGGCUUUGAUGCUCCUGAGGGCUCUGAAAAAGUGACAGAAGAUGAGUUUGACCCAAUUCCAGUGUUGAUAUCCAAAAAUUCACAAGGUCUGCAGAGGGAUCCAGGCGUGUUCCCAGCUGUAGCUCUUGAGCUCUGUAAAGGAGAUUCUGGCAGUGACGGACUCGCUUUGUACAAGGGUCAGUCCAAGAUGCUGGAGGUGAAAGUGCAGCACAACUCGGAGUCGGAAUAUUUAGCCAGAGAUGGUCCUUCAAGCAACAGCUCCUUCUACAGCAGUGAAGGAGAGGGGACAGACCAUGAGGGAGAUAUUCUGGAUUGCAGCGGAUCCAGGCCUUUACUGAUGGAUUCGGAAGAGGAAGAGGAGACGUGCAAGCUGUGCCCAGGGUUCCUGCAGCCCGUGCCCAGGGAGAGGCACGAGGCCUCCAAGGGAGAUCCCCACUCCCAGUCCAGAGCAGGGGAGAUGCUGUUCCCAGCCUUCCAGUCACACACCGGGGAGGCUUUUAAUGAACCGGAUGUUUUUGCCACGGCUCCUUUCCGAAGCUCCAGGAAAGUGCUGGAUGAGGGGGAUGUCUUUACCAAAGCUCCUUUUCUCUCCAAGGGCAACGCGGCUCUGCGACAUCCAGAAGAAGCAGAUGUGUUUCUGAGAGCCCCUUUCACUAAGAAGAAAAGCAUGGAAGAGUUGACUUCCCAUAAGGAGCUGUUCCCAGCACCCGUUUUCCUAAGCCAGGGGGGCGAUGGCCGAGCUCUCCCGCUGUUCCCCAGCCUGGAGUCGGCGGCGCACGGGGCCGCGGCCUCGGCGAGGUCUCAGUAUCCUCCUGCCGGGUUCCCUCAGCCAGGCAGCCUCCACCCCUGCUCCGGGAGAGCCGUGGAGGCCCAGGAGAGCGUCCCUGCUAAGGGAGGGCUGCCGGAGCAGGGGGACGUGGCCAGGGAGAGGAGCCAAGGCCACGCGCUGCCCCCGGACGCCGCGCUGGGCUCCGCGGGGAACCAGCCUUUCCGUCCACAAUCCCUGGCCAAGUAUUCCCGGCACUACAGCCCCGAGGACGGGCCAGGCCUCGAGGCCAAGCCCAUAGCUGCUUACAAAGUGGUGUCUCAGACCAACAGGCAGGCCAUAGCGGGCUCUGUCUCUGUGGUCCCGCUGUCCUCCAGGACUACGGAGCUGCCUGGCGCGGAUCCCUUCGCCUCCGCACCCUUCCCUUCCAAAGCAGGGAAGCAGAAGCCUUAACGUGCUGGGGGUUGGGGCUGUGCUUCCUGCAGGACACCUGGCACAGCCCCUCGGACCUCUGCGUUGAAAUGAACGACAUAGCAAUAUAUAUAUAUAAAAUAAUUAUUAUUUUUGGUCGGAACUCUCUUUGCAGUGAUAGGUAGUGGAACCGUUCUAAGUUAUGUCAGUCCCAAUGCCUGGCUCUCAGGAUCCUCAGAGCCUUUCUCACCUUCCUCCUCUCACUGUCUUCCCCCCAUUUAUUUUUUUAGAUGCUUUUCCAAACUAGUAGUAUUCCAUAUUUUCUGGUCCUGGCUAGAGAAAUGCAUUAUAAGAUGAAUUAAAAGGUUUAUUAAUUACAGAGCAAGUCAAGCAGGACUUGCUAAUGCUCUGGAAAGGACACGAUUUCA